AGGGAAAAAAGAAAACUAUACAUGUUGUCUCUGUCCUUCCCUGGGACAGUGGUGUUGCAUUAAGUUAAAAUUUAACUAUAAAGUUAUGGACUGGGUUGAAGAGAUACGCCAGAAGUUUGAAAUUCUAUGCUUGGAGGUGGAUGGUGUCGUGCAUGAGACAGUGGGCGCCAAUAUUGAAAACCAAGUGCAGACAAUGGGUGCCAAUAUAAAACAAUUCUGUUCAGAAUUUGUGCAUGAUGUGAUGCCUUCAUUUUCACCAGAUUUCAUGGAAGGGGUAACUCCUGAAUUAUCUCCUCAAAAAAAUAAAAAUGUUAAUCUCACAGCUCAGGAAAGCUCAAUGAUUGGUGUUGAUAUUGACCCUAAGAAGGGACUAUGCAACAAAAACUCUUUGGCCCAUCAAUAUUGUAUGGAACCUGUGGAUGAGAAACGUAUUGAUUUAUUGUCAAAGAAAAAGGAUGAUAUUGGUAUGAGUGAAAAGUUAAAUGUGAGUGUAAUGGAAAAUGCCACAGCGAAGAAACCAUUCCCAACAGAGAUUCCAGUAGUAGUUGAUACUGCAGAGAAAGAUUCAAGUUUGACAUCAUUAUUUUGUGGAGUCAACGCAUCUGAUGAUGAAAGAUGGGAUGGUCAAGAUGAUUUGUCAACACCAGUAUCACUAGAUGGGUAUCAUUCUUGUAUGAAGGAAGGGGAAACUACUGGACUUACCACAGCUGACAAUUCAAAUGUGCUGCCAUCAGCUAAUUCAGUUAUUUUAGUUGAGUCCUGCAAGUGUGGAGUUUCUGAUACUGGACUUACUUCAGUUGAUGCUUGCUCAGCAAUAUCAAGUGAUUCUUGUUGGCUUGGGUUUGAGCUACCCAAUGAAGUUUCUGAAUCAGAAGAUUAUGUUUCCAUUGCAGAUUCUGUCGCAGAAGGAUCAGACAAUGUCGGUACAGAAAAGUUCACAGAUGGUCAAGUUAUUGAACCAGCCAUGGAAACCACCAAUUUUAGUGAACUAAAGCUUGAUGAGAGUUGUAUUGUGGUGGAUAGUGCUAAACUUUGUUCUGUUUGUCUCAGAGCAGCAAAAAGUCAAUCAUACAAGAAGAAAAUAUGUGAGGCUUUUACUGCAAAAAUGAAGUCAGCGAAAGAGCAGGAGCGUGAGCAGCAAGCACCCAGGAAUGAAGAUCGUGAUGCAGGAUUAAAUCAACACAAAGGAGAGCGUUUAGCACCACCUGCGCUUACAACGAAAAUCGAGACUGUGGAUCAUGAUUUUUGUGAUUCUGAAUGGGAAAUUAUUUAGAUAAAUUUUCACUUCCUUUGCAAAUAAUCUGGCAAUUCAAUUGUAGUUUUAGCGAUUCCUCUGACGGAUUGUUAAUAACUGUGGGGAUGAGGACGAUCCAUGCAUUUUUGUGCAAUUCCAUAACAAAUUUUAUAGAAUGGGAGAGCCCAUGUUCUUAAAAUCAUGGUGUAGGCUGUGAUUUUCUCAGUGCUUCUUGUUCUACCUACUGUAGGUUUUUGAAAGUGUGAAAUGUAGUUUGGUUAUUUUA